CACAGAAAUGGCUCAGGAGACCAACCAGACCCCGGGGCCCAUGCUGUGUAGUACAGGAUGUGGAUUUUAUGGGAAUCCUAGGACAAAUGGAAUGUGUUCAGUUUGCUACAAAGAACAUCUUCAGCGACAGCAAAAUAGUGGCAGAAUCAGUCCAAUGGGAACAACCAGCGGUUCUAACAGUCCUACCUCAGACUCUGCAUCAGUACAGAGAGCAGAUGCUAGCUUAAACAACUGUGAAGGUGCUGCUGGCAGCACAUCUGAUAAAUCAAGAAAUGUGCCUGUUGCCGCCUUGCCUGUAACGCAGCAAAUGACUGAAAUGAGCAUUUCAAGAGAGGAAAAAAUAUCGCCAAAAACAGAGACAGAGCCAGUUGUUACUCAACCAAGUCCAUCAGUCUCUCAACCCAGUACUUCACAGAAUGAGGAGAGAGCUCCUGAGUUGCCCAAACCAAAGAAGAACAGAUGCUUUAUGUGCAGAAAGAAGGUUGGCCUUACAGGGUUUGACUGCCGAUGUGGAAACUUGUUUUGUGGACUUCACCGUUACUCUGACAAGCAUAACUGCCCAUAUGAUUACAAAGCAGAGGCUGCAGCAAAAAUCAGGAAAGAAAAUCCAGUUGUCGUGGCUGAAAAAAUCCAGAGAAUAUAAACUAACCUACUUGUGAAAAAGACUGACUUACCUUGUUUUAUUUUAAUAUAUCCUAGGAAAACAUUAAAGAGCAGAUGCAUGGCCAUUUUUCUUUGAUGUUCUCCAGAGUUUUACUUUUAGUCUUGUCUGUCUUAUUGAUAUUUCAGGAUGUUUUGGUGUUUGUUACAGGCAGAAAUGGAUAGAUACAGCCCUAUAAAAUGUAUAUGCCCUCCCCAGAAUAUAAUUGGAUGAUUUUGAGACCUGCAUAGCAAAACAAGUGCACAGAGGACACACUUGUCUAGUUCAUGUGUGCCGAACAAAUGUAUAAAAUCUGCAUGUUUGCAGCAGAUCUGCCUUUUGGGAAUGUGUUUGAGAGAGAUAACCUUUUGGCUACUAUUACAUGCCUGUUUUGGGGGGAAAAUAUCAGAAAAGUUGGCAGUCUAUUUCUAUCAUAGUUGAAUCUUGUUCUAUUUUUUGAUUUCCACACUUCAUUGUUAUCAAGCAGACUGUAAGCUAUACAGAGGAUCCACCUUUCAGUGAUAUUGGUGUUGGUGCCAUAUUUGAGAGACAGUUAAAAUUGUGUAUGGGGAAAAAUGUAAGAAAUCCAGAAACCAGGAGGAGUAAACCAUCUUGGAACUGAUUACGUUCAUUGUGGAACCAGAAGAAUGGGUUCCCAAAGGAAAUGUCCUUUUUGAAACUACAUGAACUGUCCUGCAACAGAAGAGUUGUCUGCUUUUACUCUUGCAUAGCUAAAAAUGUUGUGUAGCACAAUACUGCACUACUUGUUUACAAAACGGAAGCUACAUAUGAUUUUUAGACUUACCACAACAGCUCUAUCAAGUAACAUAUGCAUCUGAUCUAAGUUGCAAAAGUAUUUGAGCAAUUUAAUUUUUCAUGUACUUAUGUUGAAUGUGUUCUGGUUCAAGAGAAUGUUAGGAGCUUUUUAAUUUUUAUAGUUUGCAAUGUAAUAAAAUUGCACCAUUUUGCAUGGAAAAAAACAUACCCAACAUGGCUGCUGUAGACUUAAGUGGUACCUGGAACCACACUUGGAGGGCUGCUUUAUCAUUUUUAAUUGUACUUGGGUGUAGGACUGUAGUGUUCUUGGGUGUAUUGCAUGGGCUGCAUUAUCUACAGCAUUGUACAAUAACAACUCUAGAAAAGGCAGUAUACUUCACUGAUGCUUGUCUGGUAAUAUCACUUCUGUGUUAUAAUGGAAGGUUUUCUGUGAUGUAUGAAACUUUGUGUUUUUUAUAUAAACAAGUACAGAUUAGACUAGUGUUGUGGUAAUGCCUGUUCUCAUCUGUAAAUAUUUAAGUAUGUACACAAGGCGCUACUCCUGAUUUUUACUGCAGUGUUCAGUCUUUAGUUUUUUUCUUCACUAUUAAAAGCAUCAGGUUUUUGCUUUUAAACUUUGUCCUUCAGUUUUGAGUUAUUAGAUAAAUGUACAGAUAGUUCAUAUUUAUGUAUUGCACAUACUCAUGCUACCCCAGCAUCUAUGCUAUAUUGUAUUAUGUAAAUAAUAAAAAUCAUGUACAGAAGGAAAUAUUUCCUUUUGUGAUAGUUCA